AUGUCCGCUCGUGCCGUGCGCACCCCGACGCCGUCUGGCCUCUGCCCUCUUCUCUUCACAUGGGAGAAACACCUACGCACAGUGUGUGUGAUGUGUGUCAACAUAGACUACACAUCUCUGAAUAUCAUGGCGACAAGGAGCAAGAAGGCGCUCUUCCGGCUCAGGCCACGGCUGCUCCAGCAGCGACGGAGUAGCCUCCUCGCUGCCGCCUUGAUGGUGACCCUACUCUUAAUCGUCCUCCUGCUCAUCUCCCUUCCUCGCUCCUCGCCACCACCCCGCCACGACAUCCACACAACAUCAUCGCCCACACAUAAUCCUCUUCCUUCUGCUCAAUGCGCGGCCAUGAGCGCGAGUCUUGGGGAGUUCGGCGAGAUGAUGCUGUCCAUGCUCCCGAAGGACCUCGCCUUCACCGCCUUGGUGCCUUCGCCGGAAUCUUUCCGCCGCGUCCUCAAGCUGCGGCCAAACGAGAGCUUCGCCGAGGGGAAGGCCAAGGACGACACCUAUGCCGUCGUCUCGCGCGUGCUCGGCUUCUCUGCGGUGCCCCGGCGCCUGCGCUCUGAGGACGUGCCUCUGCGCGAGCGGGUGAGGCUACUGGACUCCGUCUCUGGACUGAAGAUGUACGCCUGGAGGGACGCGGACGGGGCUCUCGUCGUCAACGGCGUGCGGUCAGAGUGCGCCGAUAUCGUCAGGGACCAGACCGUGGUCCAUGUCAUGGCCGGCGUCCUCAUGGAUGCCGAGUUCGAGCGAUCUUUUCUUCCGGCAGCAGAGGAUUGA